AUGGCACCCGGCGAGUCGAAAGAUGAACGCGACGAACGAGUUGCUCGCCUAUGGGAGUCGUUGGACACGCGCAAAGAGGGUCACAUCGAUCUAAACGGCUUGAAAAAAGGCCUAAAGAAGAUCGACCACCCGUUGAAAAAUGCAGAUGGGAUGCUUUGCAGUAUCCUGCACGAAGUCGACACCAACGGCGAUGGUCGUAUAGACUAUGACGAGUUCCAAAUUUUCAUCAAUCAAACCGAGUCGGGCCUAUGGCAGAUGUUCCAGGGAAUCGAUCACAACCAGAAUGGCGAAAUUGACAAAACGGAGUUGCGUAAUGCCUUUGCGAAAUCGGGCGUGACAGUAUCGAGCGCAAAUCUGGACGAAUUUUUCGCCGAGGUGGACAAAAACAAUGACGGGGUGAUCUCUUAUGCAGAAUGGAGGGACUUCCUCCUUUUCUUACCAUUACAUUCCCCUUCCGACCUCCGCGCCGUCCUGUCAUACUACACAGCUACGGGCAAUCUAAACCCGGAAGGAGAUGUCCAUAUCAAUGACCUACCAGGUUUAGGUACAGAACUCUCGUUUCUUAACACUUAUCUCCCAUCCGCCAAGGCACUUUUGUACAAUUUCCUCUCCCUGCCUAUCCUGGCUUCCCUCCUUUCAUCAGCCAACGCGCAAACCAGCCCAGUCGCAGAAAUGUCUCCGAUUCUCGGGACAGACUUGGCUUCGUUAGACGCUGACUUCGAGCUGGAGUGGUUGCCAAUCCCCAAGACCACCGCCAUGAUGAUGUCGUUCCGCUAUUAUGAACGGAAGUUGACCGAGAAUACCCCUCAACUAGGCUACUUCGUUGCGGGCGGUAUCGCUGGUGUUGUGUCCAGGACGGCCACUGCGCCUCUCGACCGUCUCAAAGUCUAUCUCAUUGCCAAGACUGGCGUGAAAAAACACGCCGUUCGUGCCGUGAAAGAAGGCGCACCCCUGGUCGCCGCGGGAAAUGCCUCGAAAACCCUGGUUGUCGCGCUGAAGGAACUCUGGAGAGCCGGUGGAAUUCGCAGCAUGUUUGCAGGAAAUGGAUUGAACGUCAUCAAGGUCAUGCCAGAGUCUGCGAUCAAGUUUGGAGCUUACGAGUCCGCCAAACGCGCAUUCGCCGGAUUUGAAGGCCAUGAUGAUCCCAAGCGACUCAGGCCGACUUCCCAGUUUUUGUCCGGUGGUAUCGGUGGAAUGGUUGCUCAAUGCUUUGUUUACCCGCUUGAUACAUUGAAAUUCCGCAUGCAAUGUUCCACCGUUGAAGGUGGCUUAAGAGGAAAUAAGCUUAUCGCCGCAACUGCCAAAAAAGUGUGGAACGCCAACGGAUUAUUUGGCUUCUUCCGCGGUCUUCCUCUCGGUCUGAUCGGAAUGUUUCCCUAUGCCGCAAUCGACCUGACCACAUUCGAAUACCUCAAGCGAGCUCUUCUCGCCCGACAAGCACGCCUGAACAACUGCCACGAAGAUGAUGUUCCUCUCAACAACUUUGUCACUGGCGCUAUCGGUGCUCUUAGUGGAGGCUUAAGUGCUUCGGUUGUCUAUCCAUUGAACGUUCUUCGUACUCGAUUACAAGCGCAAGGCACUGUCCUACAUCCUGCUACUUACAACGGCAUCGGCGACGUUUUCCGCAGAACCAUCGAAACUGAGGGUCCCCGCGGUCUCUACAAGGGACUCACACCCAACCUCCUCAAAGUCGCCCCGGCAGUUUCGAUCAGCUACGUGGUCUAUGAGAAUUCGAAGAGAAUGCUCUGCUUGAAAUGA